AUGCCUACUACGACGGCGGAAACGCUAUCUCUCGUCACUCGGAACGUGUCUGUCGCUCCUCUCGUCCUUUUGUCUGCCGUCGACCACUACAAUCGUACGAUACAGCAGAACAACAGUGCAAAGUCGAAACGAGUGGUUGGUGUACUUCUUGGGCAGAACGACGGCAAGAAUGUGAGAGUAUCAAACAGCUUCGCAGUUCCUUUCGAAGAGGAUGAGAAGGACCCUUCGGUGUGGUUCUUGGAUCACAACUACGUCGAGUCUAUGAACGAUAUGUUUAAGAAGGUCAACGCCAGAGAGAAGUUAAUAGGCUGGUAUCAUUCCGGCCCAAAGCUUCGAGCCUCCGACUUGGAGAUCAAUGAGCUCUUCAAGCGCUAUAACCCCAACCCUCUCCUGGUCAUCAUUGAUGUCCAGCCAAAGGAGUCUGGCGUGCCUACGGACGCUUACUUCGCCGUAGAGGAGAUCAAAGACGAUGGCACCACGACUUCAAGGACCUUUGUCCAUACCCCCUCGAUCAUCGAGGCCGAAGAAGCAGAGGAGAUCGGUGUCGAGCAUCUGUUAAGAGAUAUCCGAGAUGUCGCAGUCGGAACCCUAUCAACCAGAGUCACCAACCAACUUCAAUCUCUUCAAGGUCUCCACCUCCGCCUACGUGAUAUUGGCGCCUACCUUCAGAAGGUCCUUGAUGGCGAUCUCCCCGUCAACCACGCGAUUCUUGGAAAUCUUCAAGAUGUGUUCAACCUCCUACCCAACCUUUCGACCCCCGAGAGCAGUGACAAGUCUGGCAGUGGUGACCUUGCAAAUGCUCUGAGUAUCAAGACCAACGAUCAGCUCAUGACCAUCUACCUGAGCAGUCUGAUACGCGCCAUCACCGCGUUCCACGAUCUCAUCGAGAACAAGAUCCAGAACAGACAACAACAGGAAGAGAAGGAAGCGAAGAAGGAGGUGAAUGGAAAGGAAGAGAAGAAGGAAGGCGCCACCGGCGACAGCAAGGAGACGGCCGACAAGGACAAGGAGAGCAAGGAAAAGACAAAAUAA